UGCUCUAGACGAAAUGUUCAAGAUUUUUGGCGGAAUUUUCGUUUUUACGCUACUUGGAAGUUUUGCAAGGACUGCUGACGAUGUCGUCAUUUCCUUUCCAAGAAACCUGGAGCUGAGCCUGCCAAUAAAGAAAAAUGUACUGUUUACAGUGCACCUCUCGAGGGAGAAGGCUGAUGCUGUCGACGCUGAUGUUCUCGAAGAUGCCAAUGGAACUCAGUGGCACAUGACAAAAUUAGAGCUGGUUAGAAAUUAUGGAAAUGUUGAAGAUUCUGCCGCAUUUAUCGUUUCAAAAGUCAUCAAAAACGGAGUUCUUAAGACCAAAUAUGUAGGAGACUUUGUGCACGACAAAGAGAGUUACAGCGUGUUUCCGAACACGUUGGAGCAGAAGACGAACAAGAAAGAAACGCUGGAGGAACAUUCAGUGGUGCUGGAAGGAGAGGAGUACGUGGUCGCUCUCAUGAAGCCACUGCCAGCCGGAAUAAACGAUGUUGAGCUGAAGCCACCAGCAAACACGGUCUACCUGAAUGGACAGAAAAUAUCGGAAUCUGGAGCUCCUGGAGAGAUCAACCGCGUCAAGCGAGACAACCAUGGUGUCACGUAUUUGGAAGUUGAGACCUUAUUCGUUGUUGAUUACUCCGUUUACAAAAAGUGGAUGCAGUUCAAUCGGAACAACAAAGACGAAACCAUCCAGAUGUUGCGCCACUACUUCGCCCACAUCGCUUACGGGGUGACUAGGGGGGAUAUUCAUCAAAAGUACCAGUCGAUUGAUACCACACAAUACAGAUAUUCCGUUAAACUCGUCGGCUACUACAUAUGCGAGACGCCGAGCGCUGCCUCGUUCGUGGAAGAGAGCAGACUCGAUGCAACCAGGUUCAACAUCCACGACGCCCUCUCAAAAUUCGCUCGUUGGAACUAUGAUCGCAUGCUUUCAAAAACUCUUCCAAAAUACGAUCUGGCUGUAACUUUUACAUGCUACGAUUCGGGAUCGGUGUUGGGCCUGGCAUACGUGGGCACGUCCUGCACAACGAGUGGGGUGGGUGUGGUGCGCAACGCCGGCCACCAAGAUACCGUCCUUACUGCCGCCCACGAGAUGGGGCACAUAUUGGGCGCAUCACACGACGAAGAAAGGAACCCUUGCCCUGGUAGAGAUCUUUACAUCAUGAGCGCUCAAUACGACCUCUACCACAAAAACAACCACCACACAUUUUCUUCUUGCUCCAGAGACUUCUUCCAAAAUUAUGCUUACAAAUUGGACAGCAAUAGACAAAACUGCAUGUUGAGCUCUGAUACGGGCAGCAAGCGCGAGGAUCUGACAGAGCAUGUGAGAAUUCUGCCUGGGACAAAAUAUUCCCUGAAUGUUCAGUGUCAGAUGGUUUUUGAUCUUUCUGUCACAUCUUGCAUCCCAGAGGGUCCAAGUAACUGCGGGAAUCUGUUUUGUAGCGAUCCAAAUCGUGGUGGCAGUUGUAUGGACAGUGCCAGGAAAGUUCUGCCAGGCACGCCGUGCGGAAACAAAAUGUGGUGCCUCAAUGGCAAGUGCGUCAGUAACUCCAUAAAGCCGGAUCCCAUAGACAGCCAGGCAACGACUCGCAGACCGAACGCCAACCCCCCGUCACAACCCCCCAAGAGCACUUGCACUCAGGACGUACAUGUCCAGUGGUGCAGCACCGCUCUGAAGGAUGAAGCAAGCAGGAAAGCCUACUGCCAGAAUUACAUGUUGGAAUGCUGUAAAACUUGUGCCCCAUACGUUUCAGGGCCCAACGGGAACACCAAUCAGCCUUCCCAGCCACCCAAAAGUUCGUGUACCCAAGAUCUGCAGGCCCAAUGGUGCAGCACAGCCCUCUAUGAUGAAUACACGAAAAAAACCUACUGUACAGAUUACAAGGAAGUCUGCUGCAAAACGUGCGCUCCCUAUAUCAGAGGCUAAAGAAGAACACUGUGACAGCAGUUCAUGCCACUUACAUGGGAAAUCACACUGUAAUAAAUUUCAGUUUUUUCAGAUGAAUUUUUGAAAAGGCUUCUUAUUAUAUUAAAAUUUUGAAAAAAUUUGUUGAAAGUUUUGCAAUGGAAAUAAAA